CCCGAGCACGAGUUCGAGAUCAUGGGCUAUUUUUAGUCAGCCUCUGUAGCUAUGAGGGAGCUUGCAGGGUUUAUCUUGGCGAUCAUUGAUCUAGUAUUUGUUUAUUAGUUGAGGCAAGGAUGGAAGGAACUUUCUUCUUUUCCUCCUUCCUCGUUUCGCUCGUUCCAGCUUUAACAGAAUAAUUUCAUAUUGCGGUUUGUUGGAACAUAUUAUUGGUCGUUUUUUUUUUCUCCAAUGGCUCGAGUAGAAUCAGCGGAGGUUGACCGUGAUUUCAAUGAUGUGGACAUUGAGAGCAUUCUUGCACGGGUGGAGAGGCGAGGGCCACUCAGACUGGCCAGGAAGCGGUCCUUGUAUAGAGCACCCGAAUUCGUCAAACGGCUAGCACAGGAAAUAACAGUUGAUGAAGGAGCAACAGUGUGUUUUGAUUGCAAAGUGGUUGCAUUUCCGAACCCGACCAUAACUUGGACCAAAGACGGCGAGACCUUACCCGAUGAUACCCGAUAUCUGGCGGAAACUGUCGACAACGGUGAAUACUCGUUGAAAAUAAGCGAUGUCACGAAAAAAGACGAAGCAGCGUACCGAUGUCGAGCGGAGAAUGUCGAAGGUUCGUCCUCGAGUACGAUUUAUUUAGCAGUCAAAGCCAUCAAAAAGGAGAAAUCGAAGAAACAGACAAAUGGGUUUUUACCACAUUCGCAAACGUUUCCGGUCAUCAAAGAGGAAGUGGAAAAAGAGGAGGAGGAAGCCGAGUUCUUCCGGAUCCAGCCGGAUUCACCUUUGACCUCACUGUACUGUGGAACAAGAUGGAAGAACCGGACCUGGCCAGACUUUCUCUAUGAACAGGCUUUUGCUGUGAAUUAUUACGAUGACGACUUUGAAGCUAUGGAUAUCGACGAAGAUGACGUGUUUUUACCAGGAAAUUACAUACAUUGUACUUUCCCAAUUCAUCUCCAUGAUAACAGUGACUCGGACUCAGAAAUGGAAAAUAUUAUAAAACAAAAUCUCAUAUUUGAGAAUAGAAACUUCUCGCCUCAUGAGAGACCUGUGGGCGCAUGCGCAAAUGAACGCGAUAUCAAUGCGAACACUUGCACUAAUUCGUGCUCGUCGCAAACUGUGAAACAGAACGGUGACGUAGCACAUCCAAUGAACUCUUUGAGGAAAAGACCCUGUGCAUCAGUUACUAGGGAAUUCUGUCGACACGCUGUUUGUACAGACAAUAUCACACAAGCAGAUGAGAGUGGUAGCGUGCGGGCGAUUCUUGGGGAAGUUCCAGGAAUGAGCAUCGCAAUAUUUGUACUUCUUAUUUCGGGAUACACGUUCAUGGCGUUAAAAUUGAGCUUAAAUCCAGGGACGUUUGUCUGUAUUGAGUUGUUUGUCGAGUUUUUAAUCUUAAUAUUGCGUUUAUUGUUAGAUUGACAAUGAAUGGGUUUUUUAAGCGAAGCAGAGCAGAAAAGUUAGAUAGAUUGCUCUCAGUGCAUUUCAGCAUCACAGGUUAGCAUUCAUUCCAAUACUUAUAAGUCGCCUACCCUAUUAUAGGCUUUCAUUAUUUACAGUCGAAAUUGGGGAUUCGCUUAUUUACCUCUUUUUAAAAAAAACCAAGUAUACGAUGGAAUCAGACCAUUUUUAUUUGUUCAGAUUACAGUAUGUAUAUUAAGCAUUUAUAGUUAAUCCUUUAAGAGAUGUCACUGUUUAAAAAUAUUUAUUUCUAUAUUGAAGAAAUGAAUUGGAAAUUGAUACUAAACUUUAGUCUUUACGUUGAUCUCUACAUAAAGAUGUCAAUUCUAUUUGGUUACAUUGAAAGCCUACAAUUGAAGUGUAGUGAAAAUUUUGUAUAUGUGAAUAUAGUUGUGGAAAUAUGAUAUUUGCAGUAUUAAAUGCAAUAAUAGACUUAACAUAUAGGGCAGCUGCAAGUAACACUGAGUAACGUUUGGAACAAUUGCCAAAUGUUGGAAAGGCGUCCGUUCAUUCUAAACGUAUAAGGAGAUGUGUGCGGAUGUGGAUUUUGUAGUCAGCGUUCAACUCUACAAUACACAGUUGUUCAGAAUUACAUGUACAUAUAAGUUGCGUUUACAUAUUUAUUGUUGAAUAUAGAUUAAAGAGUUUGAAUUAU